AUGACCUCAGUUUCAACACAAUUGUUGAUAGUCCUCAUGCUGCUGCUGUUGGUGCUGCCUAUUGUUGAAGCAGUAGAAGCUGGAGAUACAAUUGCUGUCUUGUUAGGUGUGGUUCUCAGCAUUACAGGCAUUUGUGCUAGUUUGGCGGUACAUGCGCAAAAGAGAAAUGGACAGAUGUGGCCUCCAAGGCCUCCUAAAUCAAACCUCAUCCUGAAGCCAUUGUGCUAUUGA